ACUGGGCUGUGGCGGCCGAUGAGUCCGCCUUUGAGUCUCUUUCAGUUUCGUUUCCUUGCUAGAAAUGACCACAUUCAUCGAAUAGAAAUAAUCAGUCAACGAGCGUUUGUUUAAAUAUUUCCUGUGUGCCGGGCAUUGAACUAAGUGCCGGGGAGACUAAGAAAGGAAAAAUCCAGGCUUGCUGCCUUCGAGGACCUCACAUUCUAAUUAUAUAGAAUAGAGGUGGCAGGGGGAGAGGUGAAGAGCACUGGAUUCCGAACUUGCUACCUGUGAGAUCGGAGGCAAAGGACUUCCUAGCCUCUCCAGGCUUGUUUACUGCACAGAUGGAUGCUCUCCAACGUUCCUUAUAGAGCCUAGUCCUCUGACGCUGAGAGUUCAAGUGAACUGGCUGCGAGGGAGGGCGGAGUUUUGGGGAGAGUCACCCUUGGCAGACCCCUAGAGCCUUGGUAUGGUGUGGCACUGUCCAUCUUGGGACCAGGUCUCCUGGGAUCCAGGCAGGCAGCAGUGGCAUCCUGAGAACACUUUAGCUGAGAGACGACUUCAGGAGUUGGAGGCACUGCAGGAAGAACUCCCGAGUUACCUUAGGGACCUGAACAGUGAAAACUCCAAUGUGCUUGUGUGGAAUGCAUUGCUUCUCCCGGACCAAGAACCCUACAACCUUAGGGCUUUCAAGUUUAGAAUCACCUUUCCACAAAACUACCCCUUCAGCCCUCCGCAGCUGAAUUUCAUAACCAAGAUAUAUCACCCCAAUGUGACUGAGGAUGGAGAAGUGUGCCUGCCUCUCCUCCAAUCCUGGACAGCCCGCACCAAAAUUCGUGAAGUGCUGAAGGCUCUCAUCGACCUGGUGAACACCCUUAAAGAAGGUCUGCCGCUCCGGCCAGACCUGGCUAACAUGUACUUUAAGAACCGAAGUCAGUUCAUGAAGGAUGCUGAGAAAUUCACUCUCAAGUUUGGGGAAGAUCGACCUGUUAGCCAGUGAUUCUGAUCAUCUCCUCCUCGUGUCCGUCUACUUGACUUUUCCACAAAGAGUCACUUCUCUGAUGAACGGACGUGGCCUCCUGGGUGGGGAUGGCUCCCUUGAUUCUGAUGUCAAGGUCUGGACCUGCUUAGGAAAAUGACGUACGGGGCCAGAAAAAGAUCUUAAAGAGCAGGCCUUAUGAAAGGGAAUCUUAUUUUAAAAAAUGAAGGUUGAAAACUAUCUUUACAUGUAAUUGGAAAAAAACAAGAUACUAUUUACAUAAAAAAGCGAA